UCGCCACUAUGUCCUCCUUCUCGGAGUCGGCGCUGGAAAAGAAGCUUUCGGAGCUGAGCAACUCUCAGCAGAGCGUGCAGACCCUGUCCCUGUGGCUCAUCCACCACCGCAAGCACGCAGGACCCAUCGUCUCCGUGUGGCACCGCGAGCUCCGCAAAGCUAAAUCAAAUAGGAAGCUUACUUUUCUGUACUUAGCAAAUGAUGUCAUCCAAAACAGUAAAAGGAAAGGACCUGAGUUCACGAGAGAGUUUGAAUCUGUCCUUGUGGAUGCUUUUUCUCACGUUGCCAGAGAGGCAGAUGAAGGCUGUAAAAAACCUUUAGAAAGAUUGCUGAACAUCUGGCAAGAACGAAGUGUGUAUGGCGGCGAGUUCAUACAGCAGCUGAAGCUGUCUAUGGAGGACUCCAAGAGCCCUCCCCCCAAAGCAACAGAAGAGAAGAAGUCUCUGAAACGAACUUUUCAGCAGAUACAAGAGGAGGAGGAUGAUGACUACCCCGGAAGUUACUCUCCCCAAGAUCCUUCUGCAGGCCCCCUCUUGACUGAGGAGCUAAUCAAAGCAUUACAGGAUCUGGAAAAUGCCGCUUCGGGAGAUGCUACUGUUCGGCAGAAGAUUGCUUCCCUGCCCCAGGAAGUGCAGGAUGUGUCGCUGCUGGAAAAAAUAACAGACAAAGAGGCAGCUGAACGUCUUUCAAAAACGGUAGAUGAAGCAUGUCUGUUACUAGCGGAAUAUAACGGGCGCCUGGCAGCUGAACUGGAAGACCGGCGCCAGCUGGCUCGGAUGCUGGUGGAGUACACCCAGAACCAGAAAGAGGUUUUGUCAGAAAAAGAGAAAAAGCUAGAAGGAAGUGACAGCAGCAGCAGGCAACAUUCCAGAAUGAUCUGUUUUAACAACUCGAGAAAUUCUUUGGCUCCAUUCAAGGGACUUCUAAACCACACUGCUGCCUGUUGGUUUUGGCAGCAUCCCUUCCUCCUCUUCUGGGUGCAGGUGUUUAGAAACAUUCGUUUCUCCAGUGAGGCGAACAGUACGUGGAGAUAGAGAAGUUUGGAAUAUAUUCUUCCUCUUUCCCACUGGAUCAAAACCACUUAUCUCACUGUCCCUACAGUAAAGGCAGGCAGUCUGAUCCUUGUUUUUCAUAAAAGAAUUAAGCUGGGGGUUUAUAUGGAAGCUCAAGGUCAUAGUGUAGUACAGGAUCUCUGACCCUAGUGAACAUGACUAGAGCUGGCUCACAUGGAGCAUGUCAGGAUAGCCAAGUGGUCUGAGAUAUUCAAGCUGGCUCUACCUACCUGCCCUUGUAACACACAGCUCUGCCCUCACGAGACAGCAGUAUCAGCUCUAAGGGCAAUUAGAACAGUUAAUGAAGAGGCAGUUCUGCUUACAGCUGCCGGGUGGUCAUGGAGUCUGAUACCUAGAUCUUGUCCAUAGCAGGCCAUGGCUUGCUCCCUGUCUUGUUAGGGGCCUUCCCCGCCCCCCGCCUCUUUAUGUUCCCCUCCAAUCUGUGAGGACUCCUGUUGAGUUGGUAUUUGGGGUUCUAUGAAUGAAGUAGGACUGGACAUUGGAGUUUUGGAUUCCUCUUGAUCCUUUCACUUGGCUAACCUUUAUAGUUCAGGCCAGAUUUAUAGCAGCUGUCUCGCAGGUUGUGGGGUGUGUGUGUGUGUGUGUGUGUGUAUGCAGUUGUUGAAUAGGAGCGGGAGCACCCCGGCCGCCUGGCUAGCUUAUGCCCUGAAAUAACAACACACAGACUGUAUUCUUUCAAACACUGCUUGGCCCAUUUCUAUCUAGCCUCUUCUAGGCUAAUUCUCACAUAUUAAUUUAGCCCAUUUCUAAUAAUGUGUGUAAGCACCCCAAGGUGCGCUUACCGGGAAGAUUCUAGCCUAAGUCCAUCCUGGGUCAGAGCUUCAUCGCGUGUGUCUGCUUCCAAGAGCAGAGCAUGGUGUCUCUGCUUCAGAGCAGAGCUGUCGAGUCUGAGCUCACUUCCUCUUUCUCCCAGCAUUCUAUUCUGUUUACUCCUCCCACCUAUGUUUUAACCUAUCAGGGCCAAGGAAUUUCUUUAUUGCUUAACCAAUGAAAUCAACAGAUUGAUAUAUGACACUCCCACAUCAUGCGGUGCUUGGAGUGACCCCGGGACCGCACUUCUGCUAGGCAAGUGCUAUGUCAAUUAGUGCGACCCUUAGUUCGUUGUUGGCAUCAUUGAGCUGCCUUCUGAGCAGCCCUGCUGAGUUUCCAUUGGUGUAGGUAUCACAUAGAGCGUACACAUAGAGUUGCAAACUGGCUCUGUUGCUCCCCCAAUGCCCGGUACUUAGCCAUUCUUAUACUCCAAAUACUAUGUUCUUUUUUUUUUUUUUUUUUCUGAUUGUAAAAACAGUAAAUCAGAGGAAAACCAGAUAAUACCUGUAAGGAAAAAAAUCAUAAUCUUAUUGGUUUAUAAUCUACAAAGAAUUGUUGUUAAUUUUGAUCUAGUUCCUUUAUUUUUCUUUCUGUGAAAGUUCAAAUAGAGAGCCAAGCAUGGUGGAACACACCUUUAAUUCCAACACUGAGAAGGUUGAGGCAGGAGGAUCAUAAGUUGGAGGCCAGUGCCAGCCUGGAUUGUAUGUGGGGAAGCACAGUUCUCUCUCAGAGAAACUUUUGAAAUCGGGGUGAUGUUUAGGGCUUUUUAAUCUUGUUUUUAACUUUGCAUAAUUACUUUGCUUCGUAACAGAAGCUGUGAGCAGUUUGGAUACCUGUGGUCCCUCGUGAGUGUUUCUCUCCUCACUCUGCCUCUCCUUUCAUCCUGUGCCUCUUCUGCCAACUCUGGGUGUUUGAAUGAUUUUCCUCUAGCUUCCUAGAGGUAUCUCUGUGUAAAUAUGUGGGUGUCACCUGGCGAUGGUGGUGUACACCUUUAAUCCCAGCACUCAGGAGGCAGAAGCAGGCGGAUCUCUGUGAGUUCGAGGCCAGCCUAGUCUACAAGAGCUAGUAGGACAGCCAGGACUGUUACACAGAGAAACCCUGCCUGUCUCGAAAAACAAAACAACAACAACAACAAAAAAAACCCCAAAAACCACAUGAGUAUCUGUGUGUCUUUCUGAACACUAAACAAUGUUUAUUUCGGGGCUGAAGAGAUGACUCAGAGAUUAAGAGAACUGGCUGCUCUUCCAGAGGUCCUGAGUUCAAUUCCCAGCCACCACGUGGUGGCUCACAAUCAUCUGUAGUGAGAUUUGGUGCCCUCUUCUGGUGUGCAGGCAGAACACUGUAUAUGGAAUAAAUAAAUCCUUUAAACAAACAAACAAAAAAAAAGGAUGUUUGUUGUUUGUUUCACGCUCUUCCCCUAACUCUGCAUUCCUGUCUUUGGAGCCCGUGUUCUCUUCCAAAGCUUCCAGACAUAAUCCUCCCAUGUUAAGGGGAGUCUUUGUUUUGUGUAGGAGUUUAAUUGGACAAAGUAGGCUGUCUUCUAGCUUUUUAGUGAACUUGUUUACAUUUAUGACAGCUGUGGGAAAAUGACAGAUACUUAUAACGCUGACUUGAGUGAGCAUAAUUUUAAGAGCAGAGUUCAGAUGACAGACAUUUGAGCUGUGGUGGCUAACUCUGUUUGCCCCAUUGAGUGUGUGCUAUUUUAGUCUUUGUGAAUGUCCUGCUGGUACGCUGGGCCUGUACUCCCUUCAAACCUGUGCUUUGGAAAGGGGGACACUGGAGGGUGGUUGCAUGCUUUGAAGUCUCAGAAGCUACAUCUCUGUUUCUUUCUGUAAUGUCAGGUAUACAUGGCUAUAAUUCCAGCAUUCAGAAGGCUAAGGCAGGAGGAUUGUGAUAUGAGUUCAAGGCCAGCUUGCACUACAUAAUGACUACAAAAUUAAGGGGUGGGGUAGAUGACUCAGUGGUCAGAGUGUGGACUGCUCUUGCAGAGGACCCAAAUUUGUGUUCCAGCACCUAUAUAGGUGCUCAAAACUACUUGUAGGGGCUGGAGAGAUGGCCCAGCAGUUAGGCAAAUUUCCUGUCCUUUGAGAGGACUCAAAUUCAGUUCCUGGCACCCAUUGUCUGGCAGCCAGUAAUGCCAGCUCCAGCAAUUAUCUGGUCUAGCUUCUCAGGGCACCUGCUCUCAUGUGCUUGCCCCCAUCCCCAAUAUAUAUAUAUAAUUUAAUAAUUAACUUUAAAAUUUUAACAAAGACAAAACCUUGCCUGUAGUUUCAUCUGACACACUCUUCUGACCUCCUUGGCAACUGCACUCAUAUACCCUCAUACAGACACACACAAAUUUAAAUAAUUCACAACAGAAGGUAGGGCUUAAAACAAAGUCAGAAACAGUCUUUCUGUGUAGGACAACUUCCUAGUUACUCCAAGGAGUAAAAAUGAAAGUUAAGAUGGUCCCAUGUAUCAUCAGGUACUAGCCGGGUCAUUCAUUGUACCUUUGUCUACCCCCUUGAUUGUUCAUUUUCUGAUUUAGGUCCUUUAUCUUGAAGUGAUCUUUGGAGAAAGUGUGGAUAGCUCUCUUUUCCUAAUUUAGCAUGCACAGUAACUUUGUAAGCUUCAACGCAACAAAAUUAUUCAGCAAGGAAGGCCUCUGAGCAUCCUUGAGACCAGCACAGUGGUUAUGAGUGAGCAGGUUCAGUUCAACAGGCUUGUCCCUGGGGGGGGUUCUUUGUUCAUAGAGUUCACUUCUAUGGGGCAUAGCCACGACCUCAGGCAGUGAUCCUGUGGUGGGGAGCCACAUGGCCUCUUUCAGGCUUUCUGUGGCUUUCACCAUUGUGGUCGCUGCAGCCUUUUAAUUUUGUUGUCAUUUGUUGUUGUUGUUAGGAUUUAUAUAUUUUUCAUUUAUGUGUGUGAGUGUGUGUGUGUGUGUGUAAUGCACCUUUGUGUAUUUAUAUGUACUACAUGUAAACAGAAGUCCUUGUAGGCUAGAAGAGGGCAUUAGAUCUCAGGAGCUGGACUUUUAGGUGAUUCUAAGCCAUCUGAUGCUGGUGCUGGAGACCAAACCUAUGUUCUGGAAGAACAGCAAGUGCUCUCAACUGCUGUGUCAUCUCUCUAGCCCAUUGAUGGGAUUUUUGUCAUUUGUAAAGUAACAGUUUUACUCCUGAGUUAGUUAUCAAUAUGUCUUAAGACUCUUUAUUCUGACCCUCUCUGUAUUCUUUACCUGGUUUCAAGUCGCCCUCUGCUGGCUCCAGUCUACCUUCCCAUUCUCUGUGAUGCUUCUAUCUCCAUCCUGUAGGGUUUGACAUUUGACACACCUUCAGCCUUUUUCUCAUUCUGGAUCUCCCCCCCCCCCCCCAGUGACUUCCACUUCAUUUGCGUUAAUUCCCAUCUGCAUGUCUGUGCCUUAACCAUCCCAGACAUUUCAAACACCAUGGGGAGGCAGACUGUCCUUCUGCUGAACUGCCCUUCCUUCUCACACAGUGGCUGCUUAACAGAACUGCACUCAGGAGGCCGAGGCACGAGGGUGGAGAGUGUAAAGCCGCGCCAGGCUACACAGAGCCCCUCCCCUCUGCUAGCACUUGCCCAGCACUGCUCCAGGUUCCCACACGUCAGCUGUGUCAGUCAGCCUCCUCUAGUCUCUGCCUCAGCUCUUCUGCUGCACCUCGUAGUUUCUCGGAUUGACCUCCCAGCCCUGUUUAAUGCCUCCUGUUUUUCUCGAAUCUGCCCCCCUCUGCUCUGUCUCUGCCUCUGUCACCUCCCUGCUAAUCAGGUGGCUUCUCAUUGUCUCUAAAAUGACCCAGAUUAUAAUUUCCCUGUCACUCAUGGCUUGCCUUCCCUCCACCCCUCUCUCCCAUCAACCAUAACUUGCCUUCCCUCUUCCCCACCAGCCUGAUAUUUGCCCAUGCUGAUCUCUCAUCUCUGACUUUAUGUGGGUUGUUUCCUCCAGCUGGUAGGGAUACUUCUUUAUGUUCCACUGUUUCCCUUACCUCAGUCCCUGCUCAUCAUCAGUCCCAUAAGCUCAUAGGGAGCAGCACUAUUAGGAGGUGUAGCCUUAUUGGAGGAAGUAUGUCACUGUGGGGGUGGGCUUUGAGGUCUCCUUUGAUGGUCAAGCUGCACCCAGUGUCAGUUCACUUCCUGUUGCCUUUAGAUCAAAAUGUAGAGUUUUCAGCUCCUUUUCAGCACCAUGUCUGCCUGUAUGCUGUUAUGUCCCACCAUGAUGACAAUGGAGUAAACCUCUGAACUGUAAACCACCCCAAUUAAAUGUUUUCCUUUAUAAGAGUUGCUGUGGUCCUGGUGUAUCUUCACAGCAAUAGAAACCCUAACUAAGAUAUCAUCUAUCUGUACCUCACCGCCUCUUUGGGCAGCAUGCCUUUAGACCCCACCCUGUAAAGCCAAGUAAGUACAUGUUGCCUCUGCCUCCACUCUAUCCUUCAGAGGUCUACAUCUCUUGUGGAUGCAUAGUUAUUCCUAUGUCUGUAUCACCAGUCUCAAACCGCUACCCCUUUUAGCUCAGCGAUAAACGCUGGUCCUAGCUUGAUGAAUUUCUAAUCAUGUUGGAGGGUUUUAUCUUUGGCAGGGAACUUCCUCUAUUCUGAGGGUGUUCUCAAGAGGUUUGAGCUUACUUUGUAGACCAAUUCCUUCCUCUCUCUGGGAUUGUAAAUGCGUGGAUUUGGAAUAUGGUAUCAAUUAGUUGAAAAGCUUUGGGGUUUUAGAGGCAGGCCUUUAGAGAAGAGAGGAUGACUCUGGUCAAAGAAAGGAGGACCUUUCGUGCUCUCAAGGCAGCGUCUGGUAGAUUUGCUUGACUGUAAGGACAGUCGAAUGGCUUGUGAGAAGAGGAUUUUGUAUUUCAUCAAUAAUUCUUUUUAUUCAAAUCUACAUGUCUCUUAUAACAUAAAUCAGAAAGAUUAAAUAUUGCUCAUAAAAUAACAGAACCUAGGAGGGCUGGUUGUUUCACAUCAGAUCUGUUAAUUCAUACUAGUUUUGUCCAAACCUCUAGCCACCUGCAGUACAGGCAGGUUCCCAUUCCUGUUAAAGGCUUAUAAUCACAGAAGCAGGAAGAGCAGGAGCAUCAGGAGUUCAAGGUCAUCCUUAGCUAUACAGCAAGGGCUAGCCUAUGUUACAUUAAACCCUAUCUUUAAAAAAAAGAUUUAGCAUUUUGAUUUUACUGGAAUUAUAUAUUAUGAAGGGUCCCAUAGUACAAUUGCCUGCAUUUUGAAGGACCCAGGAGUCUUCAGUGUUCUUUAUAGAUUUCUAUUAAAUUAUUAGUGUUUGUGGUUUUUUUUUUUUUAAACCUCUGAGGAGCUGGAGGUUAAAUAUGGGAUCUUGAGCAUGAGGCGUUUUGCUGUUAAACUAUGUCUCCUGCACUCUUUAUAUUUUUAAUUUUUUUUUUUUAUUUUCGAGACAGGGUUUUAAAUUUUAAAUUUUGAGACUGGCUGGCCUUGAACUCCCUCUGUAGUUCAGGCUAACCUUAAACUCACUUUGUCACUUGAGCUGGCCUUGGCUUUAUGAUCCUCUUGUUUCAGCCUCCCAAGUAGCUGUGAUUACAGGCCUGCCACCACCAGGUGUGACUUUAAAUUGUGAAUAUUUAGUUUUAUCACUACAUUAAAAUUAUAAAGAAUUGCCUCAUCCUAAAAUUAAUUUUUUUCCUUUACAAUGCUCUUAGUGUAUGUAUAGGCACAUAACUUUGUAUUCCUUUGUUUGUGCAAAUCCCUGUCAGAUUUGUUUUUUUUUUUUAAUUAUUUUUUAUGGGCAUGCAUGUUUUGUCCACAUGUCCGUGCAUCAUGUCCUUGCAUGGUGCUCACAGUGGCUAGAAGAGGGUUUCAGAGUCUCUGAUGUUGGAGUUACAGAUGCUUACGAGCCACUGUGUUGGGUCUAGGAAUUGCACCCAGGUCCUCUAGAAGAGCAGCAAGAGCUGUUCGCUGCAAGCCAUCUCUCCAGCGCCAAGACUGGGGUUUUUGUUGUGAUAGUAAUACUUGAGGGUCCCCAAGGGAAAGAAGCGCCCGGACUAACUUUGUGUCUGAAACCCACUGACAUGUGACAAAGGCCCUGGUGGAUGGAUGGUUGUUCAGAGGUCUGUCCUCUGAUGGCCAUCUUGCCAUUUGUCCUUUUUGGAAGGUUUUGUAUUCACUUUUAUCAUUGAUGUUAGAAUGAAGCUGACCAGGCCCCAAGCUUGGGGGAUGCAGCCACAAUUUCUUCUUUUCCUUGUAUU